GUAAAACGGCGCCCUCUUGUGGCUUUACCAUAGUCUUGUCAUUGUAAAACGACAACAGGAGCUAAACGAUGCACGGCAGACUGUUGUGGGGAAACUAGCUAAAACGCGGGCUCGGUGUUUUAAACAUGGUCACCUUCGCUUUCUAUUAUUUCUUCCCACCGCAAGAAGCUAUUCGAACGAGGACAGGGACAAGGAAUUGCACCAACAACGUCCUGUUUGCCUGAAGUCUAUCGUAAGCAAAAUCCCACGGAUAGCAAAAAAACGAGUUUGUGUUAAACGGGAAAUGUCUUCGACCGGAAGUAGUAGCUUUUGGUAGUUUGUUGUGAUAUGGCUGUUAUUAUCUUUUACCAAGGCACAUUUUAGAGGGAAAUAGAUCAAAUUUGACGGUAAUAAUAGGGUUCUAAGAAGUUUAAACGAAACCAUAACCAGGCAUGAUUGAAGCUUACAUUUACUUUCGUAAUGAGAGCGUUUCGUUUGUUUGUUUUCCUCGAAUUAACGCACUUUUUUGUGAAAAAGUGAUGCGCAGCGCCGUGGAGUAGGCAAACCAUUUUGAAUUAUGGAAACGAAGUAUACAGAAGAGGUCCCUUGUUGCUCUAGCAACAACAGUGGGGGUCAUUUGAAUCAAAAUGCAAGCAGAGGACCGCGUUCAUCUUUGGGUGGCGGAUGCUUCCCCUCCCCAACUUCCGCUAGAAGAUUGACGUCGCUCCGGACUCGGGAUCUGACACUAGGAGGCGUCCUGAAAAAAACUAAGAAAACCUUCGAGCCAAACGUCAAUGCUGUAAGGAAAAGCAAAGAUGACAUAAAGCAAGAGAUUCAAGUGACGCCAAAAAGAGAGCGAAAACAGAGGCAAGAUAGAAGAAGCGCAAACAGAGGCAGGAGGAAAGAGAAGCCGCAGACGAUCCAGUGUCACUCCAUCUUUGAACAGGGUCCUGCGGACUCGCUGCGGAAAACAGGCUGGGUUGCUACUGCAGACGUGUGUGACACCACCUCACCUCCUAAAUUUCAACCAGUAAAAAAAGAGCACCUCGACUCUGACGAUGAAGAUGAGAUACUCCAAAAACUACAACGAGAUGAUUUCAUAUGUGAUCCAAGUUUGAGGAAUGACACAAAGCGAAAACCCAUCCAGUUACCCCUGAGUCAGACGAGCACAACAUCAAGUCAAGCGAAGCCCUUUCUUGGACCACCGUCCUCGGGUGCUCAGGUUACAACAAGCCAUCACAGAGACCAGCCAUCUUUAGUUGAGAAACUGCAAGGUCUCUGCCUGUCCGGCAAGGAGGAACUCUUCUUCAUGCAGUUACCUGACUGUAUGCCGGCGAGAGCACAAAAACCCGACGUCCAUCCUGAACCCAAAUCCGAGAAAGCUGGCAGAGAAAAGAAGCCGCUGCAUGCGAAAGCACAAGAGUCUCCUCCGGUGAAGUGCUCCCCCGUGCUGUCAGAAUUCCCAGAUGGAUUUCUAGGAAAGCUCCAAAUACGAAAAUCGGGGAAGGUGGAGAUGAAACUGGCUGAUAUUGUACUGGACAUCACGGAUGGAGCCGCUUCCUCCUUCCUUCAGCAACUGGUGUCCGUCAAUCUGUCCGACGCCAAGACUGGAGACAUGAUGGUGUUAGGAAAUAUUAAACAUAAACUGGUGGUAUCUCCAAAUUUCCAAAAUUUAUUGGAACAAUCGACACAACAGCAGCAACAAGGAUCCUGAUCAACUCAUCAGCGGAGGAAAAUGGUUGUUUUAUUAGUGCUGGUAAAUAUUGUCAUGAAAAUGUUACUGUUGAUCUGUAAGCUAGGCUAGUCAAGCCUUUGGUAGUUUGCCUAUUGUUGUCAGUAAUAUGUAGCAGAAAACCAGAAGUGAAGGCUUAUUUUUCCAGAAUUUUCAAGCCAAAAUGCCUUCCAAUUCUGGAAUGAUCCUAGUGUCAUUAAUCAACUUUUAUGAUUCUAAUGCACAACUCACAAGUCCGUGAAAGAACCAGUUUAAAAAUUUUUAACUGUAAUUUUCGUGUGAACUACUUUUUCCCCCCGUUCACUCCCAUUUUGUAUUUUGCACCAAAUGCGGCACAAUUUUUGAGCGCGCAAGAACCAAAAGAGGUAUUUGCCAUGUGGCAAAAUGGAUUUUGCCAUGUGGCCUUUUUUUGGCCAUGUGGCCUUUUUUUGGCCAUGUGGCAUUUUUUUUUGCCAUGGUGGCAUUUUUUUUUGCCAUGUGGCAAAAUCGAUUUUGCCAUGUGGCAUUUUUGUUUUGUUAUGUGGCAAAAUGAAUUUCGCCAUGUGGCAAUUUUUUGGCCAUGUGGCAUUUUUUUUGCCAUAUGGCAAAAUGGACUUUGCCAUGUGCCAUUUUUUUGCCAUGUGGCAAAAUCGAUUUUGCCAUGUGGCAUUUUUUUGGCCAUGUGGCAUUUUUUUUGCCAUAUGGCAAAAUGGACUUUGCCAGGUGCCAUUUUUUUGCCAUGUGGCAAAAUCGAUUUUGCCAUGUGGCACUUGUUUUGCCAUGUGGCAAAAUGAUUUUGCCAUGUGGCAUUUUUUUGGGCUAUGUGGCAUAUUUAUAACGUGGCAUUUUUUUUGCCAUGUGGCACAAUGGAUAUUGCGACGUGGCACUUUUUUUUACCAUGUGGCAAAAUGGAUUUUGCCAUGUGCCUUUUUUGCCAUUUGGCAAGAUGGAUUUCGCCAUGUGGCAUUUUUUUUUACAUAUGGCAAAAUGGAUUUUGCCGUGUGGCUUUUUUUUUUUUUGUUAUGUGGCAAAAUGAAUUUCGCCAUGUGGCAUAUAUAUAACGUGGCAUUUCUUUGCCAUGUGACAUUUUUUUUGCCAUGUGGCAAAAUGGAUAUUGCAAAAUGGAUUUUGCCAUGUGGCAUUUUUUUGCCAUAUGGCAAAAUGGAUUUUGCCAUGUGGCUUUUUUUUUUUUUUGUAUAUGGCAUUUUUUCUGGCCAUGCACAUCCAUGCCAUUGACAGCUAUACACGUCCAAAUUUUCCAUUUAAAUGGCAGAAAAACGUGUGGGUGUGAUUUUUUUACCAUACACUUUACAUUACAGCGCAUUGACGUUCAACCAGCACCCAAGUAAGGCUAACCCAUUGACAGCUAUGAACGGCUAUGAAUGGAAAAUUUGGAUGUGCAUGGCCUGCAAAAAUGUCAUAUACCCCCAAAAAUGCCAGAUACAAAAAAAAAAAAUACCACAAACCAAAAUCCAUCUUGCCACAUACCAAAAAAAUGCCACAUGGGAAAAUCAAUUUUGCUUGUCACAUGAGUUGGUGCCAUCAUGGUAAAAAAAAUGCCACAUGGCAAAAAUUCAUUUUGCCACAUGGCAAAUACCACUUUUCGUUCUCGACCCUGCUGCAAUUUUUUGGGGUUGAAAUCAGAUUUUUUUGUUUCUAAAGUCUCUUUAACCUUCCGUUGUUUCUUGAUACAGAGUAUUUUCAUAUGUUAAACGUUAUUGUGUUUGUCUGGCUUGUGUAAUAUUGACUCCAAAUAUUGUUUAAGUAAUUAGCUGUUACAUGCUAAACUUGUUUAGCGCUUUAAUUUGUCAUGUUUUUUAAUUUUUUUGAUUUGCAGGUCUCUUGCCUCUGACCAUGUUUAGUUGUUGUUUAAUAAUUUACAAAUAUUUUUUGUAAAUCUAGUACAAGAACCCUAUCUGGGAAGAAAAAAAAAUGUUUGAACAUGAGACGAGAAAACCGCUUCAAAUAACAAGCUAGCAUUAAAGCAAAACUUUUCCUUUCAAGAGAA